AUGGACACAGACAUUUUAAACUCAGUACUAACGCUGUACUUCAAAAUUAAUGCAAUGAAUAUUUUAUUUGAAAAAUCUGAAAGAAUUAUAGAUUAUGAAAUAAUCCCUGGAAUAUUUGAAGGUGUAAAUGAUAUUCAAAGAGUCUUGGCCUACAAUUGUCAACUUCCAAAUAGUUAUAAUACUAAACAUUUAUAUGGGUUCCCUAUAUAUAAAUUAGACGUGAAUGAUGAUCUAAUCGGAGUUAUUCUGAAUACAAUAAAUCAAAUUGAUUUUAAUGAACCGAUUGUGUGCUAUAAUGUAAACCAUAUGUUAUUAGAAGAGAUUAUAAUAAACCAAGAAGAUAUGGUAUCAUUUGAGUUAUCCAAUCAACUGUUUAAAUUUGAAUCCGGUGGAAAGGCUGGUAUAAAAUUAUUUUUCGAGCAAAUGCAGCAAUUACAUAAUCUUGAUGUUAUAUACUGGUAUAUGCAAGUGGUAUACAAUACAAUCAUGAAAUUAAUAUGUUAUAAACUUAAAAGAAUUAUAAAUACAGACAGGUCAAGUUUGGACAACGUUAUUUUGCAUUUUCAAAAAUUAGAUUUCUUUUUCUCCCCUCAUACGGGUCUCGUAUACCAGUUGAUUUACAGUUUUUAUAAACUAUGCGAUGGAACUAAAUUUGAAUACGAUAAAAUUUCAGUAGUUAAAAAAGGUAUUGAUUUUUAUUUAAAAUCAAUCGAAAAAGACAAUUAUAAAAAAGCCUCACAGUUGCCAUAUGUUAAUAUAAUAGUCACUGAUACACAAUCAAUAACAUUAAAUGAUUUUAUGCUUGCAAUGAGAAAUCAAAUCGCACACUAUAAAUGCUUUGUUAGUGUGCUUGAGUUUUUAAACAUAAAAUAUAAAAAAGACCACUCAUCUCAUAUGAUAAUGAAACAAACAAUACAUUCUUUUAUUCGAAAUAAUCUAUUUACAGAUAAUAACAAUGAAGAGAAUUCGGCUGUGACAUUGGAUGCACCUAGUUUGUCACCGUGGGUGGAUGAAACUAAUGAAGAAAUAAGUAGAAACCAAGACAAGUGCAAUUUUUGCACAAAUAUGUAUCAAUACAGUGUUAGUAAAUUCAAUAUUAUUAGUAAUAAUAAUCCUGAAGACACGGACAGCGAUCACUGUAGAAAAGUUGGAGAAAUACUCUAUCGUGCUGUACAAUAUCUUGGUUUUUUAACCUUCGAGAACCAAGAUGGAUCUUUAAAGGGAAUAACCUAUAAUUUGGUUUCUGUAGAGUUGUUCACAAAGCGUGAGUUUAAUCGCGAGGGGUCCUGUUCUGACCUAAAACGGUUAUUGUAUGUGGUUAUUAUUGAAUUAAAUUCAUAUAGGCAAACAUUUUGUAUUUUUUCUAAUUAUAAAUUUUUACUAUAUAACACCGAAAAUGUAAUUGGUUUGAAUGAAAACGCAUUUAUUAAAUUUAUUGCAAAUAAGGAAUCCGUAAUUAAUAAUUUUUCCAAUUUAAAUUUAAAAGUUUUGUUAAACCAAUAUAGUAUUAUUAUUAGUUAUACCGGUUUGUAUACAAACAUUAUAAAGUUUUACUGGAACGGAGAAUGUAAGUCAAUUGAUCAGAUUCUUAAUAAUUUAAAUAACGCUAUUUUAAGCCCGUCUUAUAUUUAUGCGUUUUAUGAUAUUUUUUUCAAAUUUUCCAUUGCAGCAAUAUAUUAUGAAACAGUGACUCUUGUAAAGGCUCUAGAUACGAUUUAUAGAAACUCAUCACGAAACUAUGAAUUCUAUCUUGGAAAUUCAAUAGCGAGAUUUGAAAAUGGUUUGAUUUCUGAAAGUACUUUUCCAGAACAUUUUAACACAUUAAUCGCUUAUUUUAAUGUACAUUGCAAUGCCUUGUACAAACAUAUCUGUAUGGGUUUGUUUAGUGGUUAUGGAGAUGAUGAAAAUAUUGAAGACCUAUUUAAAAUAUUUGGCGUUGAAAUAUAUCUGGAUAAUGAGAAAUUAGAAUUGCAAUCUUCAUUGUCCCGGCAAAAUUCUGUCGAAUCGACAACAAGUGAUAAUAAUAUCGUAUCAUCUUUUCCAGGAAAACCAAACACGCCUACAAGAAAACAGAAAAAAAAUAAAGAGAAUUCAAAGUUAAAGCCAAUAGAUAUUGCUAAAAAACAUAUUGAAACUUAUUUACAAUUUUUAGAUACAGUAAUUAAUUCCGUGAAGAUGGUUACGGAUGAAUUUAAUCUAUUUAAUAAUUUUUAUAAUGAUAUUCUAUGA